UGAUUUUGCAUUUUCGGGAAGGAAAACUGUAUGUAAACAAUACAGUUCUCCUUCCUGUCAGCUCGUGCACACUGGUUUGGAUGGCUGUGCACAGCACAGCCAUCCAAAGCAGUGUGAUUACAUUACAGUGAAGCACAGACACACAGCCCAAAGUAAAACAGCACACAGUUAACCCUUUGAUCGCCCCUCAUGUUAACCUCUUCCUGCCCAGUGCCAUUAGUACAGUGCUUUUUUUUUUUAGCACUGAUCACUGUAUUGGUGUCACUGGGGAUGUCAGUGACACCAAGUCAGUUCUCCCCAGUGUCAGAAUGCCCGCCGCAGUCUCGCUACAAGUCGCUGAUUUCUGCCGUUACUAGUAAAAAAAAA